GCGGCGGUUACCCCCUGGCCGCGGCGGGCCGUGCGUCCCGGACGGCCGGAGACCCACCGAGCGCGGUGCCCAGUCCCGCCCGGCCCGACCCCGGCGCCUCGGUUCUCGGCGGACACAACAUCUUUGUUGGUAUGUGGUGCUGAGGAUCGAACCCGGGCCGCACGCAAGCCAGGAAUGGCAGCAGCCAGGACCAGCCUGGGCCGAGUCCUCCCGGGAUCCUCCAUUCUGUUCCUCUGUGACAUGCAGGAGAGAUUUCGUCACAGUAUCGUCUACUUCCCACAGAUUGUCUCUGUGGCUGCUCGAAUGCUCAGGGUGGCCCGACUGCUGCAAGUCCCAGCCCUGCUGACAGAGCAGUACCCACAAGGCCUAGGCCCCACAGUCCCAGAGCUGGGGGCUGAGGGCCUUCAGCCAGUAAGCAAGACCUGCUUCAGCAUGGUGCCCACCCUGCAGCGGGAGCUGGACAGCCGGCCCCAGCUUCAGUCAGUGCUGCUGUGUGGCAUUGAGGCCCAGGUUUGCAUCUUGCACACAACUCUGGACCUCCUCGAACGGGGGCUGCAGGUCCACAUUGUGGUGGACGCCUGCUCCUCACGCAGCAUGGACCCCUGCCCUCUCUUCCUCGGACUUGCUUACAGUCAGGUGGACCGGCUGACAGCGCUGGCCCGAAUGAGGCAGAGUGGUGCCUUCCUCUCCACCAGCGAAGGACUCAUCAUGCAGCUUGUGAGGGAUGCUGCCCACCCCAAGUUCAGGGAGGUUGUGACCCGGAGCUGGAAUGUGCAGAGGGCGAUGAUAGGUCAUCUGGAACCCAAAACCUGGAGGAUGGGGACCCUUGAAGACUUCCUGACUCCUCCCUCCCUCUACAGAUCCAGAAGAUCAUUAAGGAGCCCGUCCCGGACAGCGGGCUGUUGGGCCUCUUCCAAGGCCAGAACCCCCUUUUCUGAUGAAUCUCCAGCCCUAACUUGAGGGGAUACCACCCUCCUGUUACCCCAUGGAAGUGCUCUUCCCCCAUCCCUGUAUCCCAAGAGUGGUGCCGUCCACCAGAGGUACCGCCCCCUUGGGAGGGGAGGCGUGGUUAUGCCUUCCCAUUGGGCAAUUCUUCCCGGAAAUGCAAAUGAAAUUCCUGGGAGCUGGGCGGGAAUUGGCUGAGAGCGAGGUGGGGGUGGGGCUGGGCCCCGGGCCACUUCAAGGGCCUGAACGGGGAGGGGGAAAUAGUAUUACAGACUGGGACCCGGACUCGCAGAAUAAACAUUGAUGUGGCUGUA